UUAAGUGAAAGCUUCUUCUAUUCCGUCCAGGACCAUUUGGAACCUUCAAUGUACAUUUAAACGUACCUCAAUCAGCCAAUCACGAGUUGGGACGAAUAUUUCUCCUUGAUUACAGGGAGGGCAAUUUGGAACCACAGGUUGUGACUCCUACUGUUUCUUGAGGCUGACAGGCCUGUUCGAGUCUACACAGGUGAUAGAGUGAUGGAAGAAUUUCAGGGAGCAUUAAAUAGCUUUCAAAAGGACUGGUUACAGUUGCAAGAAAAGCACUCAUCACUGCUUAUGUCACUGUACAAACUCAAGGAGGAAGAGACAAGUUGCGUUCGUAGUGUUAAACACUGUCGAAACUAUAUGAAACUUUUGAGGCAUGAAAUUGGAAAUCUUCAAAUGAAUGCUACGGGUGAUGAAAUUACCAUUCUUGAAAAAGCCAAAAUAGAUAUUCUUAAAAAAGAGUAUGUUUUACGGGAUAUUGAAGAUGUUUUACCUCGCACACCUGGUUUGUAUUUGCGUAUCGUACUUGGAGCUCUUAAUAUAUCGUUUGCUAACAAGGAGGACAAAUUCAGAUACAAGAAUGAUUACGAACGGUUUAAAAUCAUUAUUUCUGGGAUAUGUGCGUUUUUGGCGUUCCUGCUGUAUUUUUUCGUUCAGAAUAGAAUUGUGGAUACUAUUUUUCAUUUUCUAUUGGUAUGGUACUAUUGCACAUUAACUAUUCGGGAACGCAUUCUUAUUGCCAAUGGGUCACGCAUUAAGGGGUGGUGGAAUAUAUCUCAUUUUAUGUCAACAGCCUAUUCUGGUAUUAUGCUUAUCUGGCCUAGAUCUCGUUCGUAUGAUGAAUUUCGUGAUCAGUUCAUGCUUUUUUGCUUAUACCUAAAUCUUGUUCAUUUUAUACAAUUUCAAUAUCAAAUAAGUUGCCUGUAUAAACUUCGUACUUUGGGUUGUCGACAUCCAAUGGAUAUAACUGUUGAUGGUUUCAUGUCAUGGAUGUUUCGUCGAAUUACGUUCGUUCUACCUUUCCUAUUUGUAGUAUACGGUUUUGAACUAUACAUGGCUUAUAAUCUUUACGUCAUAUCCCAACAGAGCUAUUGUCACGAAUGGCAGCAUGGAACUCUUCAGCAGUGUGCACCAACGACUUCACACGCACGAAUUGAACUCAUAAUCUCCGGUCUCGUACGUGAACGCUUAAUCUAGACCACUUAGCUGGGAUCAACGGCCUAUACUAAAAAUAAAUUUUAUUAUUUUUUGUUUAGCUGCAAAUAUAAUUAGUGAAUUACAUACAUAUUUUCUUUUCGACCAACGAUGAUUAUUCUGAUAACUUAAUGUAUAAUGAUUAUAAUGUGUUUUCUAUUAAAGGUACCUGCUGUAUCAAUCAUUUAUUUCAUACUAUCAAUGGGCAGUAUUGUGACAGUGUUACAAGUGAUACGUCAAAAGAUUUGUGCACCACCACCUAUUGUACUUCAUGAUCAUUUAACGAAAAAGUAUAGUUUCGCUGUACCAAAUGAAAAAUGUAAUGCUUAUGACGAAUUCGGUGAUAAUAAUGAUACAACAACAGAAAAGGUCAUCAAAUAAUUAUCGUGUAUACAUACUUACUGAAUUGAAUUCUUGUGUAUCAUUUAUUAAGAAAAUGUUCCCCUUCUGUUUUGUAAAGAAGAUAAAAUAGAAUCAUUUAUAGCUGAUCUCUUAUCCAAUAAAAAAGUUGUCUGUGUUGAUUUCUAUAAUUCCUGUAUGUGUUUUUAAUAUAUACUAUUGAAAAUAUAUGAUUUACACAUUUCUGUCAACCCAAUUCCUCCUGUCUGCAUACUUUUGUAACUCGGCAACAUUCUCUCCAACGUUAAAAGGCGAAUUCAAGUUACAUCUUUGCUAUAUCUUUGAAGUUUUGUCUUUUACAGUUGACUUAUACAGAUAUUUUUCUACUAUAUGAUGAUCAUCCCUUCUUUUGCUUCGCAAGCUAAUUUUAUAGUUGACUAUCGUCAUUGAAGAAUAAAUUUUCUUAUCUACCCACCAACCAUCUUUAUACUUGAUCCAGAUAAACCAGACAUUGAACAUUUUAUUACCUUCACUACUUGUUCGUUCAGGUAAAUUGUAAUAUUUUAUUCUCAAAGAUAUCAUACUUCUAUGAAUUUGGUGAUCUUGUUGUACUAAUGGGGUGAGGCAACUUGAACCAAUGCAUGUAUAUGCCUGGCCCUACGUUGUAGCUGACUGACUCAUAGGCCUAUAUAGGUUUGGAUACUAUGUGUUUUCCUCUUUCUCCUAAUUUAUUGUAUAAAUUAUUAUUGUACGUGUUGUUUAGCGUGUAUAUUUCCAAUUAGUGUUUUUUUAAUUCACAUAUUUUGAUGAUAUGAAAGGUGUAGUUUCAAAAUUUAUAAAUGCAAAAGUAUAUUCAUUUCCUUAGUUUAAUGUUGUCUUGAUGGAAAAAAAUAUAAUCUGUGACGUAAA